GAAUCUAAUAACCCUGAAAGUAAUAAUAACAUAGAAUUAAAUCAUGUUAGUCAUAGGAAAAGAUUAAUUAGAAUCAAAGGAAAAAUUGAUGAACACCCUGCACAGAUAUUAAUCGAUAGUGGUGCAACGAAAAACUUUAUUGAUAGAGACUUUGCCUACAAGAAUCAACUCCAGAUUAGCAACGAUAACAAAAUUACAGUAGAAUUAGCUAAUGGCAACAAAGAAUCCAUUGAACAAACAGUUACUAUGACUUUUGCCAAUUCUCAAAUAGAUUGGAGAACUAAUGAACUUACUUUUAAUUAUGGUACAAAAGUAAUAAAGGUGCAAGGAAACAAUACCAAUAAUGAAAGUAAUGGUGUUAAUACUAUUUAUAUUUCUCGACAACAACUUGCUAACA